AUGCUGAAUGAGGUUGAGAAGCACAACCAAGAGAGCGAGGAGCGUCGGCAAGCCACGGAGAAACUGAUGAUGCUACCGAUUGUGACAUCUGUCAUGCGAAAGUACUCAGCCUUUCCACAUUAUCACUCCAAGACGUCUGCCUCACUGUUAUCCUCUCAUCCGCCCGCAAUUCUCAACAAUGGCGUCUUGGAAGCCGUCAAGAAGUGUAUCAAGCCCCCGCCUGACCUGGGAGUUCCAGCUCUCAACAUCCAACAUGAGCUCCUCAAGCUGCUUGAAAAAGUCAGUCUUUGCCCAAUCCUUCCCUCCCUUUUCACAACCAAGUCGGUUCCUGUUCACCCAAGCUGA